GAUAUAUAGUUAUAAACCCUACUCCCGUCUAGAUUUAAUGAUGCAUCGUCAGAAUCAAAUCCAUUGGGUUAAUUGGAACAUUACUUAGCUUAAAAAUCUCGACAAAGAAAAAAGAAUGGUGCCCCCUCGCAAAGCUCUGAUCGCCGUCACUUCGGCUCAUGCUCCUCUAUACCCCGAGGGCAAAGAGACUGGGUUAUUCAUUACUGAAGCUUUGCAUCCUUUCCUCGUAUUCAAGAAUGCAAGCUUCGAUGUUGAUCUGGUGUCGGAGACCGGAUCUUACCAGGCCGACUGGCUCUCGCAGCAAAAGGACUGGCUUAAUGAUAAAGAUAAGGCUAUCUGGGAGGACCACUCCAGUGAAUUUCGUUCGAAGCUUGACCAUCUUUUGAAGCCGAGCGACAUCGACCCCAACAACUAUGGCAUUUUCUUCACGUCGGCUGGUCAUGCUUCUUUGAUCGACUAUCCCAAUGCUAAGGGUCUACAGAGCAUUGCAUCUAAGAUGAACACUCAUGGUGGUAUCAUCUCUGCUGUGUGCCAUGGCGGUGCUAUCUUCCCGGGAAUAAUUGAUCCUAGUACAAGAAAGUCGAUCAUCGCUAAUCGAAGAGUGACUGGCUUCACUACCAAGGGUGAGGAGGAAGAAGGUGUUCUUGACACCAUCAAAAGCUGGAACCGCCCUACCAUUGAGGCGUCGGCGGCAAGCUCGGGAGCCACAUAUGUCUCUCCUCCUGGACCCUGGGACGCGUUCACCAUCACUGAUGGGCGCAUCGUGACUGGUGCCAAUCCUGCAAGCGCGCAUGUGACGGCUGAAGCGGCAGUGAAGGCAUUUAACACUCUGUAAAAUUAGGCUACUCAUAGGAAAUUGGAUGCCUUUGAACACCUA